AUGGGAAAUGUUCUUUGGACCCUAGUGAACUUGGUGAUUUUGAUCUUUAUUGGCUGGCCAGUGGCGAUGUUCUGCGCUGGAAUCUACAUUUUUGUCGCUCCCUUCGCUGCUUGUCUUGGAUCAGGAUGCGACAAAAUUGCGGAUCUUAUGGAUAAGGGUAUCCAGUGGCCUCGCGGACUCGGAAAAGCAAUUGCAAACGGGAGCGACAGCAUGGGGCUCUAA